AUGAAGGAAGCAUACACCAACAAAGACCUCAACGUCGAGAUCCGCGAUGUUCCUGUGCCUAAACCCAGGCCAGGCGAGCUCCUCAUUCGUACAGUCGUGUCAGGCACAAACCCUAAGGACUGGAAAAUGCCCAAGUUGAUGGGCGGAGACCCAGCGAAUCAUGGUGACGAUAUCGCCGGCUACGUCGAGGCGGUCGGCGAAGGAGUCACGGGAUUCCGUCCUGGUGACCGAGUCGCUGCUUUCCACCAGAUGUUUACUCCUCAUGGUAGCUACGCGGAGUACUCGGUGGCGGCCGCUAAGUCAGCAUUCCAUCUCCCCAAUCCCACCACAUUUGAAGAGGGCGCCACGAUCCCGCUCGCCAGCAUGACCGCUGCUCUUGGCGUUUAUCAGAGACUCCAACUGCCUCUGCCAUGGAGCCCUGUCACUGUCCCAACGCCCCUGGUGGUUGACGGAGCCGCAACAGCGGUGGGAGCCUUCGCCAUCAAGUUUGCAGCCCUUUCGAAUGUCCAUCCCAUCAUCGCCAUCGCAGGCAAUGGUAUUACAUUCGUGGAUACCUUGCUUGAUAAGAGCAAGGGUGACAUCAUCAUCGACUACCGCCAGGGACCUGAGCAUGUGAAUAAGGAGCUUCGCAAGGUCGCAGAAAAGCAUACUAUCUCUUAUGCCUACGAUACUGUGUCUGAUGAAGCAAGCCUGGAGAUGCUUUCCAAAGUCGUUUAUGCAGAGAACGGAAAGAUCAUGAGUGUUAUUCCUAAAGAGGACUCGGUAAUUGGGGGAAUCACGGUGCUAGGAUCUAAUGUUGGCCAUAUCCACGAGUCCGCCAAAGAGGGAUUCAAGGUUGGAAAUGCAGAAUUUGGUGCUACCAUUUACAAUCUAGUUAGUCUUGGCCUGGCCGACGGCUGGUUUUCGGGACAUCCUUAUGAGAUUGCUGAGGGAGGGUUGGCUGGACUCGAGGGUGUUUUAAAGAAUCUGGAAGCGGGACUGUACAACACUUCCAAGUCCAUUGUGCUCUAUCUACUAGCCGAGGCAGCCAGGGAUCCUGGUUUAACGACUGGCGCCACGUUCCACUUUACCGAAGAUCCCGACCAAAGCCACGUUGCCGCGGCAAAAUAUGGCAUACAUGCACCCUCUGCAUGUGCCUCGGAGAAUGGCCCAAGAGCUCUGACGUCCAACAUCAUAGCCCUGGAGCCAUGGAAGGAAAUGAAUGGAGUCCAAGACUUCCGAGCGAAGCUUCGCGACAGUCAGGACAAGCAGCCCGCAAUAUCCUGA